AUGUCAGAAACACGAAGUCAUCACAGCAAAUCUUUUAGUGAAGGCAGUGGAAGACGUUCUCAUGUUUCAACACCUCUGUUGAGAACGAGAUCUGUUGCAGGUCCGAGACCGCUACCACCAAUACCAAGUAAAUCUACCAGUCAUUUUUCUCAACAAUAUAGAAAUGUUGGUGAACCUUCAAAUUUCCCAGCUCCAGAUCCGAUUAUAUAUCAUGCAUCCAAUCAAUCAUUCCCUCCAAUAGUCGCACCUAAACCUCAGAAAUUUUUACCAAUUGUGCAAAGCGAAUUUCAAAAUGUCAUAGAACCACAAUAUCAAAAUAUAGAUGAAUAUGAGAGUCGUCAAAUUUCUGGAACACAAAGUUGGUAUGCUGGUGAUGAGAGUAAAUGGUCCAUAGCGCAAAAUCAGAAUCCAGAUAGUACAAUAUACGGCCAACCAGCUUUUCCUUCAAGCCCCCAUAAAUCUGCGCAAUCCAGCAGUGACAAUUAUAACUUCGAGAAUACUUAUAUUCCACCUCAACAUUCUCCAUAUAUACAGAAUGACCAGCCGGUUCAUUAUGAAUCAAAUGCUGAUUUCACAAAUAGACCGAUCUAUGAGUCUCAAGACCAAGGAUAUCCUAUACAAGAACUAAUAAAUGAUAUACAGGCGAUUGCAAUUCAACAGCAAGCGCCGCAAAACCUCCCAAAACACACAGAUCGUUCGGUUUUACCACCUAUUCCAAUAAAGGAAAAUAAAACCCAAUAUCAGAAAAAACCUGAUCAAACUGAAUCGAACUCUUGGAGUUCGUCAAAUCAGUUGACAUUAGAUGAUAAUGGAGUACAACAAUAUGCUAUGAUACCUGAACAUUCGGAUCUUGAAUUAUCGACGAUUCAGCAAACCUUAAAUUCCUCUAGAAAUUCGCUUGGCCCGGAUGGUGCACCUAUACCAAUUUCAUUGUCUGGUGGAAAUAGAGGUAGUUGGUUUGCUUCCGGAGGGAACAGAACUCCCACGCCUGACCGUAAUUCAAAGAUGCCUACUCUGAAGUUACUGAUAGACGAAAAAAUUGCUAGGAGGAGGACUGCGACAUCAAAAACUUUGGCCCUGGACGAAAAUGCAUUACAAACAUAUCGUGAAGCGGCUAAAAAGACAAAUGAUCCUUCCAUUCAAAUGGACUAUGCGAAAUUUCUUAUGCAAAUGGCAGAGAUGGCAGAGGCUCCUAACAAUGGCUCGGAAACAAAUAAUAAACUAGAAGAAGAAGCUAUCUAUUGGAUUAAUCAGUUAGCAAAGAAUAAUUAUUCGGAAGCAUUAUACUUCAAGGGCACAUGGUAUGAGUAUGGGACUCACGGAAAAGAAAAAAAUGAAGAGAAGGCUUUCAAACUAUAUUUAUCUUCAUCUAAACAAGGAUUCUCGAAAGCAAAACGCAAAGUCGCCGAAUAUCAUGAAAAAGAUAAAGAUUAUAAGCGUGCAUUGCAAUUUUAUAAGAAAGCUGCAUCUCUCGGUGAUAUAGUAGCUACGAACCGUCUAGCAUUGGUAUAUAUGCAUGGAGAGCUUAAACAAGACAUAGAUUUUAAACAAGCGCUUAUAUAUUUGAAACAAGCAGCAUCGAAGGCCAAUGAGGAAUGCCCCGAUGGUGCCUAUAUUUAUGGAAUGAUAUUAGCCCGAGAAUAUAGUAAAGUCGAAGUUCCUGAUGAUCUGGUAGUGCCUGAUGAUUAUGAGGCGAAAGAGUUGAUCCUAAGAGCUGCAAAUCUAGGUCAUGCAGCUGCACUGUUCAAGAUGGGGUCAUGUUAUGAAUAUGCAGCCCUAGGAUGUCCGUUUGACCCCUUGUUAUCGAUCCAGUAUUACAGACGAGCUUCUGAAAAAGGUUACACGGAAGCGGAUAUGUCAUUAUGUAAGUGGUAUUUGUGUGGUUGUGAAGGUUAUUUCGAGCAAAAUGAGGAGCUAGCGUACGAGUAUGCUGAAAGGGCGGCAGCGAAAGGAUUACCAGUAGCGGAAUUUGCAAUGGGAUAUUUUUACGAAGUCGGAAUUCACGUUCCUAUCGAUCCUUCUACUGCCAAUACUUGGUAUACAAAAGCUGCUGAACAUGGAAAUAAGGACGCAAUAGAAAGAUUAACAAAAGGCGGGACAUUGACGCGUACAGAUCAUGAACAAAAUAAGUUGAUUAAAUUAAAUGAAAAAGAAGAAAAAGGCAAAGAAUGCGUCAUUCAGUAG